GCUCGGCAGCCUGCUCCGCAAUGGGAGCCACCGCCGUCGCCGCUGUGUAGUUUUUCGUGCUCCUCCUUUUCCUCCUCCUCUUUCUCCUCCUCCUCAGGGCCCCAGUCAGGCCGAUCCGCUCCGCUCACGGGUUUAAGAUUAUCUGACUUUGAACUAUACAGGAUUGCUGACUGCUGAUAGAAAGGUCCUCAUGGAACAAAAUGCACCACGGAAGUGGCUUUGUUAAAUUCCAUGAGGAAAAAUAAAUAAUAUAUCUCCCAACUGUAUUGAAUAGCAAAAGGAAGGAAAAGAGACAUAACUUGCUGCCUUGUGUGGAGUCACAUGAUGAUCAAAAUUAGAUCCAAGAAUUUCUAAACCCCAAGUUUCACAUUUCAGUAUUUGGCUUUACUUAAAGUGACUCAUAAAAUUGACUGAUAUCUUUUGUCAGUACUUAAAUGACAAUUUACAGAAAGUCAGCUCUUCAACUUGAUUGGCGACAACCCUUUUCAGCCAAAAAAUAAAUCAAAAAUGGCAGAACUCUUUAUGGAAUGUGAAGAAGAAGAGUUGGAACCAUGGCAGAAGAAAGUAAAAGAGGUUGAUGAUGAUGAUGAUGAUGAGCCGAUCUUUGUUGGAGAGAUAUCAAGUUCAAAACCAGCAAUUUCAAAUAUUUUGAAUAGAGUAAACCCCAGCUCAUAUUCAAGGGGAAUAAAGAAUGGUGCGCUCAGCCGAGGUAUUACUGCUGCAUUCAAGCCUACAAGUCAACACUACACGAACCCAACAUCAAAUCCAGUGCCUGCCUCGCCAGUAAAUUUUCAUCCUGAAUCUAGAUCUUCAGAUAGUUCUGUUAUUGUUCAGCCUUUGUCUAAACCUGGUUAUGUAACGAAGUCAUCACGAGUUGUUUCUAAUAAUUCUUCAGAGUUACUGUUUGACUUGACCCAGGAUACAGGAUUACCACUUUACCAAGGAGGACCAACACUUUCUAUAGCAGGUAUGAAUGAAAGUUCAUUUUUAUCAAAACGUCCUUCUACUUCUGAAGUAAACAGUGUUAAUCCAAAAAAGUCUAAACCCAGUGAAGGUGUUUCUGGAACAAAUUCCUCAGCUGUAUUUUCUUCAGUUAAAUCUCUUUCAGUGACAUCUCCCCAGGCUAUGCCGUCAAAAGGUACAAAUAUCUCAUCAAAUCAAUCUAAAAAUGGAACACCUUUUCCAAGAGCUUGUCCAAAGUGCAAUAUUCAUUUCAAUCUUUUGGAUCCUUUGAAAAAUCACAUGAAGUACUGUUGUCCAGACAUGAUAAAUAACUUUUUGGGACUGGCUAAAACAGAAUUUUCAAGUACAGCAAAUAAAAGUAAGACUGUUGAUUCAGAAAAAGGAAAACUGAUCAUGUUAGUUAAUGACUUUUAUUAUGGAAAACAUGAAGGAGAUGUCCAGGAAGAACAGAAGACUUACACAACCUUUAAAUGCUUCAGUUGCUUGAAAAUUCUUAAAAAUAAUAUCAGGUUUAUGAACCACAUGAAACAUCAUUUGGAACUUGAGAAGCAGAGCAGUGAAAGCUGGGAAAACCACACCACCUGCCAGCACUGCUACCGUCAGUUUCCCACACCAUUUCAACUGCAGUGUCACAUUGAAAGUACACACACACCCCAUGAAUUUUCUACCAUUUGCAAAAUAUGUGAAUUAUCAUUUGAAACAGAGCAUAUUCUUUUACAACAUAUGAAGGACAAUCAUAAACCUGGUGAAAUGCCAUAUAUUUGCCAGGUUUGCAGUUAUAGAUCAUCAUCAUUUUCUGAUGUAGAAACUCAUUUUAGAACAUCCCAUGAAAACACUAAGAACUUGCUAUGUCCGUUUUGCCUCAAAGUUAUUAAAAUUGCAACACCCUAUAUGCAUCAUUACAUGAAGCAUCAGAAAAAAGGAAUACAUCGUUGUACAAAAUGCAGACUACAGUUUUUAACAUGCAAAGAGAAAAUGGAUCACAAGACUCAGCAUCAUCGGACAUUUAUAAAACCUAAACAACUAGAAGGAUUGCCUCCAGGAACAAAAGUUACUAUUCGAGCUUCAGUUGGCCCUCUUCAAUCAGGAUCUUCAACUACACCUACCAUUAGUGCAAGCACUUCUACCCUUCAGCUCUCACCUCCAAGGACUAAAAAUAUAACUGCUAAAAAUCCCACAAAAUCUAACACAAGUAAACCUAAUAUAACUAAAUCCAUUGCAAGUAAACCUAAUGCAAGUAAGCCUAAUGGAAGUAAAUCUAAAUACAAAUCAAAAAUAUCUAAUAUGCAAAAGAAACAAAGCACAUUGGCUAGUAGCAAUAAAAAAAGUAAAGUCAAUACAGCAUUGAGGAAUUUAAGGUGUCGUCGGGGAGUUCACAAGUGCAUUGAGUGUUGUUCUGAAAUAAAAGAUUUUGCAAACCAUUUUCCUACAUAUGUCCACUGUAGUUUUUGCAGAUACAACACUAGCUGUAGCAAAGCCUAUGUGAAUCAUAUGAUGAGCUUUCAUAGUAAUCGUCCAAGUAAAAGGUUUUGUAUCUUUAAGAAGUAUUCAGAAGAUCUCAGGGGCAUUACUCUAGUGUGCCUUAAUUGUGAUUUCCUAACUGAUGUUUCUGGCUUAGAUAAUAUGGCUACACACUUAAGUCAACAUGAAACUCAUGCUUGUCAAGUUGUAAUAGAGAAAGUUUCUGUUUGUAUCCCAACUUCUGAACAUCUUUCUGAAUGGAGAAGCAGCCCAGAGAUUUCAAAAAAUGUUCAGGGUACACCUGGACAGUGUCCCCCUUCGAUGGACACAACUGAUGCCUGUUCUCUCUUUCCAAGGAAUGUGACUAAUUUGACUGUGGGACCUGCUCUAGGUUGUGGUCUCAGGAAAUCAGAUCUUGGGGAGACUCCCUUCUCUCGUGGCUGGCCUUCCAUGAGGCUGAUGUUGAUAUAGCCAGAGAUGGUAUCAAGGCCCACCAAAUAGAGCACAGCUUCCCACUGGGGGCUUUGGCUCUUGAUCUUAAGCUUGUGGGUCACUUCUGGCCAAGAAAAUCAAAUCUGUGCUUCAGUGUCCCAGUUGAAGUUUAGUCAUUUUGGCUGCUUCCCUUUAAUCUUCCUCUAGCAUGAAUGCAUCCAAGGAAUACAAAAGCUCUGGUUAUUAGGAAAUGGUUAUUUUUCAUAUCCUUGGAACAACAGGUCUCUACAAUUAUGUUCCAAAAUUUCACUUAGUUUUACUGUUAUUUAAAAUGUAUUACCCAGGAGUAACUUCAUAGUUUUUUAACAGCAUCAAUUAUCAGAUUUUUUAUUUUUAAAAAAUUUAGUUUAAUUUUGAUAGCUUGGUUUUAUGUUCUCCAAAUGUAUUGAUGUCUAUUUUUAUAUUCGUUUUUUUAAAACUGUUGUGUAGUGUUUGCUUUGUUUUGUUAAGAACUCCAAGAUAUUCCCUAGAAUUCUCUACAGAUUUCCUUUAGCUGCUUAUUUAUAGCUUUUUAAUUUGGCUGUUGUUCAGACCGUUAGACAUGAUUAUAUCCAUUCUUAUUUUGGGGUUAUUAUUAUUAAUAUUAUCUUAAUAAUUGUGAGUUCUAAGGUGUAAAGAAUUGACAAAACCUAUUCUUGGAGACCUUAAAACAAGGUUUUUUUUAAAUUUAGUUUUAUAUUUUUAUACAGUAAAACAAGUUUUAAAGUUGCAUAUUUGUACAUCUAAUACAUAAUACCUACUUAGCUAUUAAUAGUUCCUUUGGGUAGUGGUAACAUUAAAAAAAUAUAAGGGCCAAUAAUGCACUUGUUUCUAUCAUAUAUAAAACAUAUUUCCACAUAUAUAUUUUUAAAAGUUGACAUUUGUUUAUUUUAGUUACUUUGACUAUAGCUCUAAUAAACAGUUUUGAUGCUAUUAUUUUGUUUUAAUAAAAAUUCUGUUGUUUAAGUGCCUCAGGAAUUGUUUACUAAUAAAGAAUUUCAUAUGAAAGCUGUAGAUUUAAUCAUAUAAAUAGGAGCAUUGCCUUUAUUGUUUCAUGGAAGCCCUAUUAUUUGGCCUGCACACUGAGAGCUGUAUCUACUUAGUGCAUCUUGCUUUUUUUCCUCUGGCACAAUUGAAAGGUCACUGUUUAUACUCUACCAACUUACUGAAUUUUAAUGACAUGCAAAAUACCUUUUGUGAUCUUAGUUGCCAUAAGGGUUAGGCAGGCUCUGGAAAUAUGACUCAGUCACGUUUUUUUACUCUGAAGUCAGAACUUGCUCAGUUUUACUUUGAAACAGAUUUAAAGCCAGUAUAGAUGACUACUUAUUAUGUAAUGUGCUUCUUGCAAUUAAUAAUCAAAAAAUUUGAACCCAUUAGUUUUAAAUUUCCAAACUAAUUUCUACAGUAAAUGAAUAAUUUUUCAAAAGCUCUGGAAGUGGCUUGUCUCUCAGUAGGUGAAUUUGGUGUUAUGCUAGUCUUUAUUUCCUUAUCUGUCUCUAGGAAGUUUUGUCAUUCACCCUCUUUCUACCCAGUUUUUUUUUUUAAUUUAAAAAUUUUGUCCAGAAACAACUUCUUUACAUUUUUAACAUAAACUCCUUUUUCAUUUAUAGAUAUUUGCUCUACCUUGGCUAUAGUUAAAAAAUAUGAGAAAUUGUAUUCUUGCUAUAGCAAUGUAGGAGUACUGCUUUGUGUUCUUCCAUGGGACUCUGUUUUAUAGUAUUAUCAAGUUCAUUUUCUUAAAGUUUAAACUCCUAAAGUUCUAUCACCUAUAACUUCCUUUUUUAAAAAAUAAUUUAAAUAAAACACCUAAGGCAGCUAGUACAAAACUUGUUGAUUAUAGGCAGUUGGUCAUAUUUUAACUUUGUGCUAAUGAGUUUUAGCUUGAGUCUAAUCCCUCCUUGCCAUCAGGUUAUUCUAAAUAGUUUAUUCACCUGAUCAGAAAUUUCCAUUUCAUGCAUGUGUGCUUUUGGUUACCACUGGAAAAAAAAUGAGAUUGGUUCAGUUUAAGUCCAUCGCUAUUUUGAGAAAAAAUGACUGCUAAAGUACAGAGACUUGGAUUCUUGCCCUAUUUUUAUGAUAUUUUGGCAUAACUCCUCACCUCUUUGGGCCUCAUUUGUUUAUUCAGCAAAUAUUUCUUGAACAUCUGCCUUGUGCCUGGCACCCUUCUAAGUGCUAGAAAAAUGGACUGAAAUCUCUGCCUUCACAGAACGAACAUUUUAGUGGUGAAGGACAGACAAUAUAAAGUAAAUAAAGUAUAUAGUAUGUUAGAUAGUGGUCAAUACUAUGGAGAAAAAUAACAUAGGGAAGGAAGAUAAGAAGUACUGGGUGGGAGUUUGGAGGCUGCCAUUUAAAAUUUGGUAGUCAGGGAAGGUCUCACAGAGAAAUGACAUUUGAGUAAAGACCUGAAAGAAGAACUGCAUGGAGACUGGUCUGGCUGCAAAUAAGUGAUUAAGAGGGAGAAUAGUAGGAGUUGGGGCUUGCAAGGUAAUGUGGGCCAUGUGUAUAGGACGUUAUGGACCAUUGUAAGGAAUUCGCCUUUUACUAUGAGAUAAGUAGCUAUUAGAGCAUUUUGAAUAGAGGAGUGUUUUAUACCUCAAUAAAAACCACAAUCAACGAAAACCUUUAAAUACAGAAGAGUGUCUGUAUUACCAUAGCUGCUGUCUUCGGAAUAAACUGUAGAAGACCAAGGACAAAAUCAGGGAGAUUAAUUAGGAGGUUAUUGUAAUAAUCCAGGUAUGAGAUGGUGGGGAUUAAGGCUAGGCUGCUAGCAGUUUAGGUGAUAAGAGUUUUGAUUUGGGACAUGUUUUGAAUUUGUUGAUGGUUUAUAUGUGAAGUGUAGAAGAAAGAAAGUUUUGAGGAUGAUUCCAGUUAUUGGUGUGAGCAGCUGCGAAGAUGGCAUUGAUAUUAACUGAGAUAGGGAAGACUAGAAGUAAUAGAUUUGAGAGGGAAGAUGAUGACUGUGAUUUGGGACAUAUUUUAGUUUUUGAUAUCUGUUAGAUAUGCAAGUUGAGAAGUCAUAAGCAUUCACCUGUAUGAAUUUAGGGGGGGUGUUCUAAGCUGUAAAUAUCAUUUAAUGUCGUGGGAAUAAAUACAAGUAAAACUGGGGAAAACUGAGUAAGGUUGGUAUAUGUAUCACUGUCAACAUCCUGCUUAUGCUUUUGUGCUAUAAUUUUUUACUGUUAUUUUGUAUUGUAAGAUGUUAUCAUUGGGGAAACUGGACAAAGGGAAUAUGGAAUCUCUCUGUGUUAUUUCUUAAUAACUGCAUGUGAAUGUACAAUUAUACCAAAAUUUAAAAUUCAGUGAAAAAAAGUCAUGGGACUAUAUGAGAUCACCAAAGGAUACAGUAGAGAGAGAGAAAGGGCAGGGUCCACAGGCUGAGCUCUGGGGAAUCUGACAAUAAAAGGUCAGGGAGAUGAGAAGGAAUUGGCAAAGGAAACUGAGGAGUGGCCGAUGGUAUAGAAAGAAAACCAGGGGAGUGGCAGUGUUCUUGGAGCCUCAGUUACCCUAUUUGUAAAGUGUGAGUGCUGACUUGUUCUAGACUUCUGAGAUUCUAUUAUUCAAUAUUGGUUAUACUUACAUUGUCAUAAUUUGUUCUUAUGACAAGAUAAAUUUAGAAUGCCACAUAUCCUAUUCCCAGUAGCAGAAACAGGGACUCUUUGACCUUGAGAAAAUUAAAUGUUCACAUUAUUUCUCAGCACAUUUAACUCUUUCAUAGGCUCUUGUAAAAGUAGUUCUCUUGUACUUCUAUUAAAGAAGGUAAGUAGGUCAUUUUUUCCCAGGUUCUGUACUGCACAACUAAUGUCCAUAAUUUAUAAGUUGGGGGGAAAAGUUUCUAUGGUCAAAUAAAUUUAGGCAAUGCAAGUUAAAGUUAAAUGGAUUCUUUGAUAUGGGCUUUUUCAUGCUGUAUGUGACUUGUGAAUGUCUAAGAGAAUAUUUGUUUGACCUUAGAAUUUUUUUCUUUGAAUACUUUUUCACUUCUUAAUCUCCAUGGAAUAGUGUGUAGAAUACUGAUCUGGAGUAAUCUUUCAAAUUUUAUGAACUGGGAAAUAAAAAGUAGUUGUGUAUUGUUGCCUAAGAUGGAUUCCUAGACAUUUCAUUUAUGUUUAUGAAUCAUUUGUAAGAUAGUGUUUGUAACUAGAGGCUAGCAAUGUACAUUUUCAUAUUUUUAGAAAUUAUAUUAGAAAAAUGAUAUCCUCAUUAUUGUUUGUAAAAUCUAAUAAGUGCAUAACAGGGACAGACCAGUUAUUAGUUUAUUCUGCCUCUGAUUAUAGCAGCAAGAGAUAUUUUUGUUGGAGAGUAUGGUUACUUUACAUGAUUUCACACUAAGAAGCUUAAGAAUCUCUCAUUAUCUGUUUCUGGCUUCUCUAACUCCUUAUGCUUAGCUUAUCAGUCUACCCACUUACCUAUUUUUCUUGAGACUAUUUUCAGCCUUUUAUUAUCUGUUAAGGAAUUUCUUAUAUAGUAAAGUUUUACUUCGUACUUAAACAGCUUCAGGAGAACUUCUUUGAUACUAAGAUUAGGUGAUUUGAUAGCUUCAUUUUAAACCCUCUCAGACCCUUAAAGGUACAGUGUGGUGUAGUGGUUAAAGAGCGUAGGCUCUGCAGUUGAUUGCCUAGUUUGGAGUUCCUACCCUGCUGUUUACUAGAACAUGUGUGACUUUGGGUAGGUUACAGACUUCUGCCUCAUUCCUUAUUUGUAAAAUGCAUGUAAACAACAGUACCUGUUCUAAAGUGUAGAGGGAAUUAAAUGAGUUAGUAUACGUAUAUAGUACUUAGAAAGUGAUUGUCACAUAGGAAGCACUAUGUAACUGUAAAGUUAUCAUUGUUACUCAUUACUUUUUAUAAUUUUACUUCUGCCUGCAUUUUAUUCAGAUAGAAUUAUCCUAAUCUUCAGCCUGCUUUUCAUUCUAACCAUCUCAUACCAUUUUCACAAAUCAUUUAUGUUAACUUUCUUUUCCUAACCCAGUAAAUCUUUCUUAAGAGCUAAUUGUUUGAAGCAUGUAUUAGCCAUAAAAUUAGAUUUUUGGUGUCUGAAGCUCAAUAAACUUGUAGUUUUAGGGAAUAGUUAUGAAUCCUCGGUUCAUUUUAGUAAUUUCUGUCUUUAAAAAUAGUAUAAAUCAUUUUUCCCCCUAAAUUAUACUGCCUUAUACUGACCACACUGUGGUUCAUCUCAUCUUUCAGCCCACAUCUCUGAUUUUGAGAUCCUUCUACGGCCUCACUCUAGUCACUGGUAUUUGUCCACCUGGAAGACCAUACGUUCCUCUACAAACAUGGAGAAGCUACUGUGAUCUCGUUUUCUAUAUCAUUUACUGAAAUGUAGGAAUCUACUGUUUUUAAUCCUCCACACUGAAAAGUAUCUUUAUCCUUACUUCUGUGAAGUGUAGUGUUGGGAAAGGAGUACAGCUUUAAAAUAAGGCAGUCCAGGUUUAAAUCCUGGUUGUAUAUCUAACCAGCUCUGUAGCCUUGUGAAAAUUAUUUCACCUUAUCUUCCUCAUUAGUGAAAGGUAUGUAAUAAUUUUUUGCAGGGUGGCUAUAAGAAAUAGAGAUAAUCUGUGGAUGUUAAAUUAUUAAUUUAAGUAAUUCAAAUUAUUUAAAUAAUUAAUUAAAAUUAUUUGGCACUGGCCUGACAAAAAAUAAUCAAUAAAUGAAUGUUGUUGGUGCCAUUGUUGCUCUAGCUGCUGCUGCUGCUAAUAUUACUACUAAUUACUGCUGUUCCUGCUGCUGCUCCAGCUGUUACUGCUGUUAGUACUGUUAUUACUGCUGCUACUUACAGGAGAUCCUGGAAACCACAUAUCAGUGGAAUCUUCUCAUCAUUGAGAGUUUUAGUGGCAAUCCAUUAACUGUACUAACUGUACUGCGGUUAUUUGUAAUUUUGGCCCAUAGUUCUUGGAGUAUAUUCCUCCAAACUGCUGGAUGGACAGCAUUUUAUUACAGUGUUCAAUUGCACCUCAUAUAAUUCUCAAAUGUCAGAAUUUGAUUGUAGUUCUGACUUUUCCUAUCUAAAGACUGUGAAACAACAAACACCCUUGUUGAAAACUGGUACAUAAUCCUCUCUGCUUAGGAGGAAAACUUUUAUUUUUUUAGCUUACAGAAUUCCUUUUUUAAAGAAAACCUUUUAUUAAUUAUUGCCAGGCAUUCAUUUCCAGUCGGCUACUUAUCUAAUACUACUAAACUUAUGAAAAAUGUGUAAUUGUGCUAGUAAAGUGGCUGUUUUCUUUUGUAGACCUUUGAGAUGAUUUUUUUUUUAAUCUGCUUUUCUCAGAUAUUAGAUUGUAACUCAGUCAUGGAAUUGCUCUUUUCUAUCAUGUUUCUCCCUUUUUUUCCCCUUUCUCCAUUUUCUUCUGUAUAUCUACCUGGAUAGAUUAAUUAUUACAUAGAAUGGAAGUAAAGUUUUAAAUUUUGUAAGGUUUGUUUUCUUGACAAAAAGUUGAGAAUAGGUAUUUCCCUCUAGCCGUCUUCAGAGCAUAAGAAUCCAUAGUAAAUCCAUAAUAACUCAAGCUUGGAAAACCUGUCUACUUAUUGGAAGAUGUCUAUUUAUUGACUGAAUCAAAUGUUCUAAAAGCCACAGUUUGAAGUGAUUUUAAAAGUUGAUUUAGUUCUCUCAAUGACUUCCAAUUUUGUUCUAAGCAAAGUAUAAUGUAAGGGCACUGACUGGAGUCAAAAUAUCAGAGUUCAAAACCCAGCUCUCUCACUUUAUGUUCAAGUUACUUCAGUUUAUUCUUCUGUAAAUAAUCUUUACAUGAUUGUUUUGAAGAUUUAAAAGAGAUGUAAAAUGUUUUAUAUAGAUAAAAAUGUCUUUUAUAUUUUAUUAAAUUCCCCUAAUUUAAAGGGUACUAGGGAAAAAAUGAAAAUGUAAAACUGACUCUCCUUGAAGCUGUGAAUUCCUCUGUUGUAUUUCUGGCUACUGAACUUUAUACUUAGCACCAGUGCUAACUACAUGGCUCUUUCAUAGUAUAAUAUAGAUAACCCUUCCACAUAUUCAUUGGCAACAAACAUUGAUUCCCUGCCUUCUGUAUGCAAGACUCUUUGUCAAGUGCUGGAAAUGGAAACAUGAAUGAGACAUAGUUCAUGCCACCAGGGUAAUUACAGAAUAGGCAGUCGGAAAUGGAGACACUGAAUCUACAUCUUCACAGGGCCACACAGUAAACUGAUUUCAUAAUUAGUUAAACCCCUAAUACCAUGUAUAUAUUAGAUUAUGUGAUUUUUGUGAAAUGCUACACCAGAACAGAAUCUGGACUUGGUCCAAAGAGAAAUACCACUUUAUUAUACCACUCUAAACUAAACCAAUAAGUCAUUAAUUAGCUUUCAUAAAUGCAAGCAGAAAGUAAGCUCUUUUAAGAGCAGAAUGGCAACCUUUAAAAAAUGUUUUAUAUUUGAAAAUAAUAUUUCUGUUAAAAAUGUUUACUUCUACUAUAUUUCCAUUGAAGAAUAUGUAAAGAAUCACUCCAUUAUUUUCCUGUGAAGUUCUGAACUUAUUUGGAGGAAUUAUUGACUCUGGUCAUAAUCCAAGUUAUUAGAGUCUUAAAUGUUCAAAAUGGUCAGAGUGUCUUCACUCAUAUAUUUGGUUUAGCAGAAA